AUGGUUAGUUGUAGAAAUAAUCAUAAUAAUAACGAUGAAAAAUGCAUGUUUAAUGGAUUAACAGCUCCAUUAGUGCCAAGGACAGAAACAGGGAGAUUGUUGAGUGUGUUUAUGCAGAAUGACAAAGCAUUGUUUAACGGAUUUGUGGAGAAAGAAUUAGAGAGAUUGGAUUGUAUGAAGAAUGAUGCAUUACUUAGAAGCGUUUUUAGCGUUGGCACUGAUGAAGCUAUUCUUCAUAGAAGAAUUUCUGAGAAGAUAAAGUUGGAGUGUCGAAACACUGUAGAGGAUAUUAUGUACAUGUUCAUAGUCAACAAGUUCUCUCAGAUAGGAGUGCAUAUGGUUCCUAAGCUCUCCAAUUGUAUAUGCAAUGGAAGGCUCGAGAUAUUUCCGCGUAGGGACUAUGAACUCAAGUCUAUUCAUAGUGUUGAAGUACUCGAAAUGGUCAAGGAAAUAGGAUGGGAAGACAUGAGAAAGUCGAAUGUGAAAGAUAGUUGGGGUCUAACUCAAGUUCAAAAGGAUCAAAUCCGUCAUGUCUAUGGUGCUUCGAUUUUGUAUGGAUACUUCUUCAAGUCAACCUCGUUUAGGUACCAUUUGGAACAGAGUUUUGUUAAAACGUAUAGUAACAUCUCAUUUCCAAGGUCAUGGCUUCUAAAACAAAAAGGUGUUCCCUUAAGUGACACGGGAUCAACAUCAGUUGAUCCAGUGUCACUUAACGAGGGGAAGAAGUAUGACAAUUUUAGGUCUUAUGUUACAAAUCUUGACGAUGAAAUAAUGAUAAUGUGUUCAAAACCAAAAUUCAAAGAGGCAAAGAGUCUGAUUGAGAAGCAUUGUUCUGCACUUUUUGGCAAUGAGAGUAAUGAGGAAGUCUCAACCUCAUUCGCGAGUCUGAAGAGGUUUGUGUUGGAGGCUCUUGCAUUUGGUACUUUCCUUUGGGACGCAGAAGAUCACGUUAGGAAAUUUUAUCAACUCGAAGAGUUUUGA